AAGAUUAUUAUACCAUAUAGUUAAUUAUCUAAGAAUUUGGCACCCUUUAAUAAUGAUGAAAAAGGCAAGCUUAGCUACCUUUUCCACAAACCCAAAACAUUUGAGCAAAUAUGGUGUUAGAUCUAUUAGUUUACCAACAAGAUCACAUCCAACCACAAUUCAAAUUGAAGAAGAACUCAUCAAACUCAAAUCAUGGGAAACAUCGUCUAUAUCAAAAUCUGAAACAAUUUGUUUUGGUCUCAUUGGUCUUGUUCAAUUGUACAAAUGCAUAGAAGAGCUUCUAAAAUUGCCAUUGACCCAACAAGCAUUAUCUCAACACAAAAAUGAGAAAUGGGUGGAUGAGUUAUUAGAUUUUCCUUUAAGAUUCUUAGACCUUUUGAGCAAAACAAGGGAUGAAAUUUUGUUAAUGAAAGGUAAAGUUGAAGAGCUUCAAUCUGUGUUUAGAAGGAGAAAAAUUGGUGAUUCAGAUAUGGAAAACAAUGUUGCUGAUUAUUGGAUUUUGAGAAGAAAGAUUAGAAAGGAAUGCACAAAAUCAUUGCUUUUGUUGAAACAAAUUGAUGGGUCAAUUGGGUCAUGUUUUCCAUUGGAUCUUAAUAAUCAUCUCUCUGCAAUUGUAAAAGUGCUUGUUGAAGCUAGUUUGAUUACUAGUUCUGUUCUUCAAUCACUUGUUGUGUUUCUUUGUUCACCAAUUUUGAGGUCAAAGGUUAAUAAAUGGUCAUUGGUUUCAAGGUUGAUGCAUAAGGGUGUGUUUGGUUGUGAUAAUCAACAUGAGAAUAUAUAUGAGUUGGAAAAAGUGGACUUUGGAGUUAGUAGUUUGGUUAUGGAGAAUUUGAGCAAAGAUGAUGAUGGUGAGAAGAUUAAAUCUGCAAUUAGAAGAUUAGAAGCUUUGGUGGUGGCUAUUGAAGGAUUUGAAAAUGGAUUAGAAUGUUUGUUUAGACACUUGAUUAAUACUCGAGUGUCUUUUUUGAAUAUAAUUUCUCCUUAAAAUUGAAUAUGAUAUAAGAGUCACAACUAUAGUAUGAUAAAGUUAUAAUUUUAUAGCCACUAUUGUAAUUGCAACGUUGCGGCCACAUUAUAUGUGAUGCGGGCUGUAAUUUAAAACAUUGUUAUAUGCAUAAGAGGAUCCAUAUAAUUAUUUCUUGAUGGUCUUUUCCAAAUGUACAAAAUUCACAUCAUUUUGUUAUUGAUGCAUUAGUACAUUCUGUUGGUUGCUUAA